AUGAAAAAUAUCGAUGUGAUUGAUAGAAUUAUGGGUUCUGGUAGAGUCUCAAGAUAUAGUGAACAGGAAUACUGGAAAUUCCCGAUUGUUAGAUUGGAAAGUGGGCAAGCGUUUAUUCCAUAGUCACAACUCAAGAAACGUGCAUGCGUAGAGAAUAUCGUAUAGAUUAAUGAUAGGUAGAAAAUUAACCAUUUUCCUUGAACAAAUCUCGCCAAUCCCGACUUGAUCAAAAAUCUCUGAAUCGCUAUCAUCAAAAUGAAUAGAAAAAUCAUAAGGGGGAUUUUUUAAUUUGUGGAAAACCUCAACACCUGGAAUCAUCAGAAUUGGUAGCCAAUUUUUUGACUGAAAUAUGAACGAAAAUCCAUUUGUAUAUUGGAUAACUCGUCGAUUUUCUCUCGCUUUCAGAAGCUUUUAAGAAUAGAUAGGUGUACGAUACCCAAAAGAUUCGUAAUAUCCAAUAGAGUGUGUAGUACUUUGGGAAGUCUUCAAACGCCAUUUUGUGAGUUUGUUAGUUGACAAAAUCUGAGUUUAGAGGUAACUAAUGAGCAGUUUGGUAAAUGUCACUAAAUUGCUAUGAAGAGACGCAGAGAAGACAAUUGAAUCAAAGUUUUUUUUUGGAAUAGGAAUAAGAAUAGGUAAUGCGGUUUUGUCACUCCGGAAAAAAUAAGAGGGGUUCCCAAAAACACAUUUUUUUGCGAGCUCCAGGUUUUGGUUGGAAGCUUUUUCGCAUUUUUUGUGGCUCUGUGCUCUCGACGUCUGUCGUACCUGCACUCUGGUAGUCUAGCUUCUCUGCGUCUCUCUCUGCCCGGCGGUUUCUCUGCACUCUCUCGAACUCUUGUUGUCUCUGUCUAGCUUCUCUGAGUAUAUUCUCUCUCUCUCUCUAUCCGUCUACUAGUCUCUGCUCUCUCUCUCUCUAACUAUUGUGUUCUCUAGCUAUAUCGUUUCUCUUUAUCCUAUUAUCUCUAAAUCUUCUUCGUACACCUACACUCUGUGAUCUACUCAUCUAGCCUCUCGGCGUCUCUCAAAAGCUAGUUGUCUCUAGCCAUCUAACCUCUCCAAACCUCUCACAUUCACCUGCACUCUAGCCAUCUAGCUUCCCUGAACCUCUCCGGUCCACAUCUACUCUGUUCAUCUAGCCUCUCUGCGUCUCUCAAAAGCUAGUUGUCUCUAGCCAUCUAGCCUCCUUGAACCUCUCACAUUCACCUGCACUCUAGCUGUCUAGCUUCUCUGUAUGUCUCUCAAAACCUAGUUGUCUCUAGCCAUCUAGCCUCUCUGAGCCUCCCCAAAUCACAUCUACUCUACUCGUCUAGCCUCUCUGCGUCUCUCACUCGUCUUCCCUGAAUGUGUUCUAUUUAUUUGUCCACCUCCUCCUCGUUUUUUUUCUUCGGGCAAUCUAUGUUUGUAAAUAUUUUCUGUUCUGUCUGUUUGAAGAGACGAUAAAUAUAUGUGGAUUUUCGGAUCCAUCUCGUUUUUUUUUCUUGUCUCCGCCAGAGAUCAAUAUCUCGUAUUUCGUCGUAGUUGGAAGAAAUUUCUUGAAAAUUUUCUCUUUGUUUUUUUUCGGGCUGAAAAUUGAACAAAAAGCUUCGCCAGAACAUAAAAGAGAAAAAGAAGACAAUUAAUUUUGAGUACACACUUUGUCUUAUUUUUUUUGUGUGCUCAAUGAGCCGAAAGAAUUUUUUCUUGAGAAUUUUUUGGCGCCAAAAAUCCCCUAUUUUCUCCUGAAAAAUAUACGUUUCAAAGUUGUGAUAAGUCGAAAUUCUGAGUUUUCGGAGAUGGUAAAGUUCGAAGUUUUGAAAUUUUAUAAUUUUCGCGCCCUCUAUGCCACGUGGCAUUGUUUCUCUGCUUCUCUAACCUCUCUCACCUACCUUCCCAAAUAAAAACCACCUGUCCAAAGUCAGCUGUGUCUUCUUUCCUUUUCUCCUCCCGUUCCCCCAUUCAUUUUUCUCUGCUUCUCUGCGUCUCUCAUCUCAGCGUCUCUCUCUCGACUUUUUUUGGUUUGAAAUUUGAGAUUUUUUAUGAAUUUUUGAUUUUCUUGGGAGAAUUUUGCGAAAUUUUUUUCGAAACAAUUUUGGCAGCCAGAUAGAUUUGUUUCCUUCCGGAGCAGCAAAUUUGAAACACUUUUCUGUUUAUUUUUUGGGGUGAAAGAAUUUUGUUUUCUCAAUUUUCGCGCCAAAAUUCAAAGAUCCCCGCGGAACUUAUGAAUAUUCAAAAAAAAUCAAAUUUUUUUCCACAAAAUUUCAAAUUUUCCCGCCAAAAAUCACUAUGCUCAGCUUAAAAUGACUAAGACACGAAGACAAAAAAAAGUGUCCCGAUUUUUUUUUAUCUAAUAGAAUUUUCAAUUUGUGUGCCUUCGGGCACACAAAUUGCUCCGCGCUUCGCUUUUUUGUCGACUUUUUUUUGUUGCUCUUCCCUAGUUUUUUUUGCGCAGUAUGUGUGUGAAUAAUUAAUCAGAUCUUCAUCACUUUUUCUUCAUUUUUUUGCUCAAUGUUUUGAGCACAGUGAAAUUGGCAUCGUUUAUUUGUUGUUUUUAGUUUUGUCAGCGAAAUUUUUCAUUUUUUUUUCAACAUUUUUCAACAAGUUUUUUUGAUACUAAGGCCUGGACCAAGCCUGAAAUUGGGCCUUAAAUAAGCCUAAGCUUAUAGUGGAACCUGAAAUUAGUCGCAUACGUUUCUUUUAAUCCAGAUAAGCCUUAGUUAAGGCCCAAGCUUGAUCUAGGGCCAAGCCUAAAUUUGGUCCAAGUUUUUUGACCAGGCCUAAGCCUAGAUUCAGGCCCUGAGUUUGAGCUAUUUCCAAUUUUAUAAGGACUUACGGUCUUUGAGAUCCUUAAGAAGCAAUUUCUUAAGGUUUUUAGAAUAUUUAAGGUCUCUCUGAUUUUUUCAGAGGUCCUUAAGGUCACUAAAAAACAUUGGUAGCCAAGUUUUAAGGGCCUUGAGGAUUUCCAGGCCCGAAAAAUCCAUGUUUUUGAAUCUAAAUGCGCCUGAGCCCGGAUUUUAAGUGAAUCCUGAAUCCAGGCCCCACGAUUUUGAAUCUAAAUAAGCCCAGGCCUAAAUCUAGCCUACAAAAAUAAUCAUUUUUUUGUCAUGAUUCAUUCAGUCAUCAAAAUAUUUGAAAAAAAAAAUCAAAAUUUCCAACAAAAACCAGUUUUUCCUCCCCUCCCAGAUUAUGAUUGACUGAUUUUUUCCCAAAAAAAAAAAUUUUUUUUUCCAAUAUUUUUCGUCCAUAAAUUAUUAUUAUGCUAUUCUUUCGCUGCCUUUCCCAAAUAUUUUGCUGUUUUCCCCAAAAAAAUCGAGGUUUUCAUAGAGAAAUCGGAAAUUUCCAAGAUUCCAAUCAAAAAAUUCGAUUUUUUCCAGAAGAUCCACCUCCAUCCACCUCGCAAACUUUGCAAAUUGUCAAAAAUCCUAGUGAUCGUGAGUUUUUUGGGCUGUUUAGAGUUCAAAAUCGUGAUCUACGUCAAAAAUUAGGCCUAGAACUUUUUUCGCGACGAUUUUUUGAGCUAUUGUCGUAAACUACGGUGUUUUGUGUGCAAACACCGCAAAGUGUGUGCACAGAAAACACCGUACCUUACGACAAUUGCUCAGAUUUUGCUGGAAAUAGGGUUCUAGACCUAAUUUCAGGUGUAUAUCACGAUUUUGGGGUCUAAAAUGAGUUUGGAGCACCAGGAAAUCAGUUAGAGCUCUGUAACUUUCCUGAGAAUGCUCCUAGUUCAAUUUAGACCUCAAAAUCGUGGUCUACACCCAAUUUUUGAUCUAGAACCCCAUUUUCAGCCAAAUCUGAACAAAUUGCGUAAGGUAUGGUGUUUUGUGUGCAUACACCGAAAUGUGUGUGCACACAAAACACCGUACCUUACGACAAUCGCUCAGAUUUGGCUGAAAAUGAGGUUCUAGACCUAAUUUUGCACGUAGAUCACGAAUUUACUCUCGAUUUUUUGCAGAAAUGACCACAAAUGCUGAAAAUGUCACAAAAUCACCGCGAACAACACGUCAAAAUCACAGUCAUCGUCGAAAAAUCCCGUUUGCCACGUCGAAAUUCUGGUUGAGAUUGGUGCGACCGUGGAAAUGGCGCAAUUUGAAGCGAAAAGUUCGAAGGUACGGUAGAGUUGUUUCGGAUUACUGUACACAUACCUCCCUUUAAGGUGGUACUGUAGAUUUACAGUAUCUUCUACAGUAGCCUAGGUAGAUCAAAUCUUACUGUACUAAAUUUCCGUUCAGAAGCGACAGCGAGCGAAGUUCGACACGUCAUCAUCGAGUUGUUGGCGAUGCGCCAGUGACGUCACCGUCACUUCCAGAAUUAUCCCAAAUUUCCAGAGAGCAAGAGGAGGAGGAGAAGGGUGAGUACUGUAGUUUUUUGGCGCGAAAAUGAGCAACAAAAUGAGACUAAAUAAGCCAAGGGUUACUGUAGAUGGCACGUGGCAAAAAACUACCUUCAAAAUGAGACUAAUUAUGACUAGGUCACGGUAGAUGUUAGCGCCAGAAAAUCUACAGUAACCCCAAUUUUUUUGACACUAAAAAUAGCCCAAAGUUGGAGCUAAAUAAGCCCAGGGUUACUGUAGGAGCCACGUGGCAAAAUCUACAGUAACCCGAUAUUUGUGGCGCGAAAAAUAAGCCUCAAAAUGAGUCCAAAUAUUACUAGAGUACUGUAGAUUUUGGCGCCAAAAAUCUACAGUAACCCUCCGAAAAACUUCAAUUUUUAUCCGUUCUUUUUCAAUUUUUGUUAUUUUCUCACGAGAUUUUUUUUUCAUAUUUUAUCUCUCGAAAUUUCUAUUUUUCAACUUUGGAUAAGUACAAAAAUCAUUGCGCACUUGAGAUUUUUUCUCAUCAUUUUUUGCUGCUCUGUGAGCUCGAGCAGCAAAAGAAAAAUCACUUUUCAAUCUAUUUUUCAUUGAGAUUUUUUGCUGGAAAUUGUGGGUUUUCUCAUUUUCUAGCUGAAAUUUUGGGAUUUUGACUGAAAAUUUGAAAUUUAGAUGAAAAGUUGGGUCUGGAACUUUUUUGACGCGAAAAAUUGGGCAUAAAAAAAUUCCCCGAAAAUUUUAGGUUUCAAAAUUUUUCGAUUUUGAAUUUUUCAAAUUUUUCAAAAAAAAAUCCUAAGCCUUCCUUUUUUAGACGAAGAUCAUGGAAAAUUGGAAAAAUCAUACAUCGGUAUGCCCGGCAUUUCGUCCGGAGGGGGCCUGGCUAACUUUUGAAAAAUGGGUGGGGGACCGGCUAACUUUUUGAAAAUUACGAUUAGUUUAGAUAUGAAUAUUUUUUGGAAAAGUCACACUUUAAACUCCAAAAUCCAACUUCUGAAAUAGGAAAUCGUAUCAAAUGAAAGUUCAUGAACAAGCUCAUUAGGUCCCUUCAUCCAAAUUAACUCUAAAAAAUUUCAUUCUUAAAAGUCUACUGAGCCCCCCUGACCCAAAACUACCAAAAAUGCUGUUUUUUGCCUCAAAUUCACAUUUCACACUCAAAAAGUAACUUCCAAAAUAGGAAAUCGGAGGAAAAAAGUGUUCACAAAUAUGCUAACUAGGUCCCUCUAACGAAAUUAACUCCAAAAAAUUUCAGUCCUAAAAGUCUCUGAGCCCCCCUGACCCAAAACUACAAAAAAUGCUGUUUUAGCCUCAAAAUCACACGUCAAAUCCCAAAAUUCAACUUCCAAAAUAAGAAAUCAUAUCAAAUAAGUGUUCGAAAACAUGCUCACUGGGUCCCUUCAUCCAAAUUAACUCUAAAAAAUUUCAUUCUAAAAAGUCUACUGAGCCCCCCUGGCCCAAAACUAAAAAUCGGUCGAUUUGUCCGGCUGAGUCGGUCGAAAUGACCGGGAGGUCAUCUUUUCAUUAAAAUCGCCUUUAUUUUGCUUCCUGAAAGGAUUCAGACAACUCCAAAUGCUGUUCCAGUGUCUUGUGUAAAUUUUGAAGUGAUUUGAUUAUCGUUAAACGGUUUUUUCCUUUUUUCGGAUUACCACAGUAAUUUUUUCUUUCCUUCUCUCUCAUUUAAUUUCUAUCCCCCUUUUCUAUUUUUUCAUAUUAAAAAUUUGACAGAGAGGGAGAGAAGGCAGACAUAGAUCAUGGCGGUAGGGUGCUCGUCUACUAUUCGUGCCACGCAGGUUCGAACUUUGGCGCCGGCGAAAAGUUUUAUUUUAUUUUUCUCUCUUGUGGAAAGGGGGGUGGCUAACUAUUAAGUUUUCACGUAGGGGGAGCGGCUAACUUUGAGGUCCUGACCGGGAGAAACCGAUGUAUGGGAAAAAUCUUCUGUUUAAUUUUUUUUUUCUUUGAGAGCUCACAAUUUUUUUUUUGCUCAAAGAGCAAUUUUCACAUUUUUCUCGUGUUGAAAGCACAACAGCUGUUGAUUUUGAAAAAAAAUCGUUUUUCGUAAAAAAAAAUUCCAGUGUUAUUUUUUUCAGCUUGCGAAGCCAUCACCUAUCGACCGGUUUGCUCGGAAAAGUGAGUUUUUUUGAAAAAGGAAUUUUGGGGGCCAAAAUUGGUUGAAAAUUUCGUGCCUUUUUUUUCUUGAAAAUCCACGUGGCACCCAAAAUUCAAAUUUCAAAUCCAAUUUUUUUGCAGUUCCUCAACUCCCCAGCCAGUUAUUGUCGACGUCGAGAAAAUCUCAAAAAUCCGCGCACAAAUCUACACUCCAUCACCGUCACAAUCAACUACAGUACUCCGAACUACGGUAGUUCAAAUCAAGGGAGAAAAUCCGGCGAUUUUCAAUGCACCACCUCCUCCACCGCAUCAAAUUCUGCCAAGUUUAUUGAUUCACCCACCACAGUGUAGUUCGAGAGACGCUGGAGAUUCGGACGAAGGUACGGUAGGGCAAUUUGGGAUGCGGAAGAGGAUGCGGAAAGAGAUGCGGAACAUUUUGAGCUAAAAUUCGUGGAGUUUGGAGCAUUUUGAGCUAAAAAUCGUCAAAUUUAAAGCAUUUUGAGCUGGAAAUCAACUUGAAAUCUGAUUUUGACCUGAAAUUCAGGAUUUUUGAGCUGAAAACCAUGAAAAUCUCAAAGUUUCAGCUCAAAAAUCGAUUUUUUCAUCAAUUUUUAGCCUAGAAAAAUGAAAAUCUGCCAAAAAUUCAUAUUUUGAUUUUUCGUGAAAUUUGGAGUAUUUUGAGCUGAAAAUCAUGAAAAUCUCAAAUUUUCAGCUCAAAAAUUAAAUUUUUCAUCAUUUUUUACUGAAAAUCUGCCAAAAAAUUCAUAUUUUGUUAAUUCUCCCUGAAAUUCAGGAUUUUUAAGCUGAAAAUCAUAAAAAUCUUAAAAUUUUCAGCCUCAAAACUAAAUUUUUCAUCAAUUUUUAGCCUAGAAAACUGAAAAUCUGCCCAAAAUUCAAAAUUUCAGCUGAAAAAUUUGAAUUUCUAAAUUUCCCGCCAAAAAUGCCACGUCAUCAAUCAAUAAUUUUUAGAAAACAUCGCCUACGAUCAAAGCACCGAAGACGAAAGCGAAGAAAUGUCGUCGACUCGCCGCGGCGGCGAAAUUUCGCCGCAAACGUCGCGCAUGCUCAAAGAAGGCUAUCGUCGAAUCGAGGCCCGUGAGCCCAAUUUCCAAGCGCAACCCGAUAAACCGGUCCUCAAAAAGCCCGGACAGCCCUCCAGGCUCAAACUCAACAAUAACAAUGAGGAUCUACCGGAUAAAUUGACGGAUGAUAGUGAUAGUGAUGAACCGAUUCAGUAUAGAGAAGCGGAGCCGGCGACACAUGCGGAAGCGGAAGCGGAAGCGGAAGAAGAUGAUGAACCCAUCCCCGGUGGACCGCUUUGUCGGAAAGAUACGAUGGCGUUGAAGCUUGACGCGGCGCCGCCUUGUAAAAAUGAUAUAUCCGGACAGACGGCCGCAGACCGCAAGAAACUCAUGAAAACCGCGUCGAUUAAACUGGCGCGGAAACUAUCGGAAAGACCCACUGCGGACGAACUCGAGCAGCGGAAUAUAUUGCGGAAGAAGCGCGAGGAACAGAAUCCCGAAGAGAGUAUGGAGGAGAAGCGGAAAUUGUUGUUGAGAAAAGUUGGUUUGGGCGCCGGGAGAGUGAUCUACGUCAAAAAUUGAGCAUAAAACACGUUUCCCGCGCUUUUUUAGCCCAUUUCCGUCAGAUUUGGUGUUUUGUGUGCAUACACUUUUUGGUGUCUGCACACCAUACACCGUAUCCUACGACAAUUCCUCAAAAAUCCCUGGGAAAAACGUUUCUAGACCGAAUUUUUAUGUAGAUCAAGAAUUUCACAUUAUUUGGGCUUAAAAAUGAGUUUUAGACCAAUUUUCGAGCUCCAGCCUAGAUGUUGAUGAUUUGGAGCUCGAAAAUGGGUCUAGAACUCACUUAGAUAAUACGAAAUUCAAGUUUUACGUUGAAAAAUUGGUCUAGAAACCUUUUCGCACGAAUUUUUGAACAAUUGUCGUAGAGUACAGUGUUUUGUGUGCAUACACCGAAAAGUGUGUGCACAGAAAACACUGUAUUUCACGACACUAUUCCAAAAAAAUUCCCCGAAACCUUCUCCAGGCGCAGUUUUUCACGUAGAUCACGAAUUUCUAACUGAAAAAUCUCAUUUUCUCACAAAAUCCCCGCCAAUUUUCAGCUGAGUUUCCGUCCGACAAUAAACCAACUCAAAGAACAACAAAUAAUUCAAUUCAACGACUAUGUCGAAGUUUCGCAAGCUGAAGUUUAUGAUAGAAAAGGCGAUAAACCGUGGACACGAUUGACACCCUCUGAUAAGGUAAGAAUUUUCGGGAUUUUGGCUGGAAAUAUCGAUUUUUCAUGAAAAAUUGAGUUAGAAAUGUUCCUGGGUAGAAUUUCCAGCAUUUUUUCAUAGUUCUAAGCUGACAAAACUGGAAAUUCAGGUCCAGAACCAUUGAGAUCUUGAUUUUCAGAUCUUCCAGCAUAGAAAUAUGCAAAAUGUUGAAAAUUUCAGAUUUUUUGUGAAAUUUUGACCCAAGAACCAAUUUUGGACGAAAAAUCUGAAAUCUGGAUCAUUUUUCAUACUUGUAGGCUGGAAAAGCUGAAAAUCGAAGAUCUAGAAGCUUCUGGACUUCGAUUUUCAGCUUUUCCAGCCUAGAAAAAUGAAAAAUGCUAAGAAUUUGGGAUAUUUCAUGAAAAAUAGGUUGGAACUAUGUUUCUAUAACGAAUUAUCAGCAAUUUUCUUGUUCUCAAGCUGGAAAAAGCUGAAAAUCAAGGCCUACGGGAUUAUGAAUCUUGAUUUUCAGCUUUUUCCAGCUUGAGAACAAGAAAAUUGCUGAUAAUUCGUUAUAGAAACAUGGCUUCAACCUAUUUUUCAUGGAACAUCUGAAAUUCUAGCAUUUUUAUUUUUUUAGGCUGGAAAAGCUGAAAAUCAAGGUCCCGAAGCUUCUAGACCUUGAUUUUCAUCUUUUACAGCCAACAAAUAUGAAAAAUGCUGAAAUUUUCAGAUUUUUCAUGAAAUUUUGACCCAAGAACCAAUUUUGGACGGAAAAUCUGAAAUUUUUAGCAUUUUUCAUAGUUCUAUCAAAAUUUCAGAUUUUCCGUCCAAAAUUGGUUCUUGGGUCAAAAUUUCAUGAAAAAUCGAUAAUUUCAGCCUAAAAACCUCAGUUUUCAGCCCAUUUAUCCCCGAAAAUCGAUAAUAUCUUACAGGCGAUGAUCAAAAAAGAAUUGAACGAUUUCAAGGCGACCGAAAUGGAUGUGCACGAGGAAAGUCGCAUUUUCACGCGAUUUCAUCGAUAA